CAUUUCACCCAUUGAGCCUGUUUGGAUGCUCUGGAUCAACGUGUACAACAACUUGUUCCUGUUCCUGCCGAUAUCCAGCAACUUCGCACAGCCAUUGAAGAGGAGUGGGACAACAUUCCACAGGCCACAAUCAACAACCGGAUCAACUCAAUGCAAAGGAGAUUUCACGCUGCAUGAGGCAAAUGGGGGUCACAUACUCACUAGUAUUCUGAUCAAGUAAAAUCUUUUGAAGUUGUUACAUGUUGAGUUUAUAUUUUUGUUCAGUGUGUAUAUACAGUAUUAUUUAUUAUUAUUUAUCUUUUUACCCCGCAUUUUUCCCCAUUUGGGAUCUUUAUUAUCCACCUGCGCAGUAGGUGGCGGAAUGCAUAUAUCAUUGUUGCGAACGCCAUUAUACCAAAGAAGAGGAAGAAGAACAUCGCCAAAGACAGAUCACAGCUUGACGUUAUUGCGAUGUGUUUCUGGUUUAUGAGGACAAAGUUCUCUGUAGCAUAGCUUGUUAGCUAGAGUAGCCUCAAAUGUCAUAGUAGUAACGUUGGCUAGCUAGCCGUCUUAAAACGAAGAAGAUGUCAACAAGUGCUGUCACGACGUGCAUCAUCACUGCUGCUGUAUGCAGCCUGUUGCUCGUUGCUCAAGGGCAGAUGGACGAUGAAGAAUGGAUUGAUCCCUAUGAUAUUUUGAACUACGACGCAAGCACAAAGACCAUGAGAAAGCCUGCUGAGGUUUCACAGCUGCCGUCAUGCAACGCUGUGUUCAAGCAAUUCCUCACCAAGCUUCUGAAGGAGAUUGAAAAAUUUGGCCUGCCCAGUGAUUUCCAGAAUGAUCUCUACUACGACGCCAAAGUAAGACUGUCUCGGCAAGCGUUGGCAGAGAUCUGGACGCUUCUGGAGGGAAUGGACAGCUGUAGAAUGGGGGCUCUGGACGAUGCCCUCAGCCAGAUCCUGGUGGAUCUCAAACCACAAGAAUUCGAGGCCUCGAGAUGGCACUUUGAGGACACCUUUGGUGUGGAGAUCGACACAGUCAUGAAG